AUUAAAAAAUAUGGUAAACCGGAAUGUGUAUUUUGCAAUCCAGUACUUCUUCCUCCAGAUAUUUUUAAAGAAGUCUAUUGGAUACCAGAUUCACAAAAAUCUAGUGAUUGUCUAAGUAAGCAAUCUAAAAAAGACAAAAAGGAAUAUGCACUUCAAGGGAUACUUGAACAAAAAGAUUUGGAAAUUUUAUUUGAACAAUAUGACUAUACCUGUGGAUCAAAAUUACUUUCAGAAUCCCAUUCUUUCUAUAAUACUGUAUUUGUUAAAGUAAAUUUGACAUGUGAAUCUCAAAUUAAACAAUUGUAUUAUUCUUCAAAAGUGGCACAUAAAGAUAUUUGUAUUUUUUGUGAAGAGGAUGAUUUAGCAGAAAAACCAGAAAAUUUGGAACAAAAGUGA